GCCAGCCGAGGGGGGGCGGAGGAAGAUUCCACAGCCCUGUGGCUCCACAUCCCUGCUCAGGCCAGCCGGGACUGGAGGCAGCAGCCCCUGCGGAGUUCGGAGCUCGCACCCUGGGGAUGAAGCCACAAAGCGCACCAUGGCAGCCGGCUUCUUCAUCAGCAAGACCCUGGGCAUCGUGAGCAUCAUCCUGGGCGUGAGCUCCGUGGCCACCAUCAUCGCCCUCUCCGUCGUGUACUCGCAGGAGAAGGAGAGAAAUGCAGCGUCCAGCGUGACUGCCACCCCGGCCAACGUGACCACCACCUCCCUGGCCACCACGGCCAGCCCUGCCAACCCCUGGAACAACUUCAGACUCCCCCAGUCCUUGAUCCCAGAGCACUACACUGUGACUCUGCAGCCCUUCCUGACCCGGGACGCCUCCAGCCUCUACAUCUUCAAAGGGAACAGCACCGUGCGCUUCUCCUGCCAGAAUGCCACCAACCUCAUCCUGAUCCACAGCAAGAAGCUCAACUACACGCUGCAGGGUGCCUUCCUCGUCUUGCUGCGGGGGGUGAAUGGCUCCAUCCCCCCGCCCAUCACAAAUACCUGGCUGGAGACCCAGACCCAGUAUCUGGUGGUGCAGCUCCAGGGGCAGCUGGAGAAAGGCAAGAGCUAUGAGCUAGUCAGCAGCUUCACGGGGGAGCUGGCCGAUGACCUGGCUGGCUUCUACCGCAGCGAGUAUGUGGAGGAUGGAGAGACCAGGGUCGUGGCCACCACGCAGAUGCAGGCACCCGACGCGCGGAAAGCCUUCCCCUGCUUCGACGAGCCCGCCAUGAAGGCCAGCUUCAAGGUCACGCUGAUCCACAGCCCCAACCACAGGGCGCUGUCCAACAUGCCUGUGGAGAGCUCCCGGCAGCAGACCAUCGAUGGCACCACUUGGAACAUCACUGAAUUCCAGACCACCCCCAAGAUGUCCACAUACCUGCUGGCCUUCAUCGUCAGCCAGUUCCAGGCAGUGGAGGUCAUGCAGGACAAAGUGCUGAUCCGGAUCUGGGGCCGGCCGAAGGCCAUCGCAGCGGGACAAGGGAACUAUGCACUCAGCGUGACUGGGCCCAUCCUCAAGUUCUUCGAAAGACAUUACAACACGUUGUACCCACUGCCCAAGUCUGACCAGGUUGGCCUUCCAGACUUCAAUGCAGGUGCCAUGGAGAACUGGGGACUGGUGACGUACCGGGAGAACUCGCUGCUGUAUGAUCCUCUCUUCUCUUCCAUCGGCAACAAGGAGAGGGUGGUGACAGUGAUCGCUCAUGAGCUUGCCCACCAGUGGUUCGGGAACCUGGUGACCCUGCGCUGGUGGAACGACCUGUGGCUGAACGAGGGCUUUGCCUCCUACGUGGAGUACCUGGGGGCGGACUCUGCUGAGCCUUCCUGGCACAUUAAAGACCUGAUCGUGCAGAGUGAGAUGUACCGCGUGAUGAAGGUCGACGCGCUGGCCUCCUCGCACCCGCUCUCCUUCCUGGAGAGCGAGAUCAACACGCCAGCGCAGAUCAGCGAGGUCUUCGACGCCAUCGCCUACAGCAAGGGGGCGUCGGUGCUGCGGAUGCUCUCGGAGUUCCUCACCGAGAACAGCUUCAAGAAGGGGCUGCAGUCCUACCUCCAUGCCUUCAGCUACGGAAACACGGUCUACGACGAUCUGUGGGAUCAUUUGCAAAAGGUGGUGGUUGAAGACAACAUUCAGCUCCCCACCACCAUAAAAGGCAUCAUGGAUCGCUGGACACUGCAGAUGGGCUUCCCCAUGGUGACUGUGGACACGAAAGUUGGCUCUAUUAGCCAAAGACACUUCUUACUGGAUACCGAAUCCACUGUCCAGCGGCCCUCAGCCUUCAACUACACCUGGAUAGUCCCUGUCACUUGGAUGAAGCAGCAGGAUAUGACAGAACGGACGUACUGGCUCACCAAGACCUCAGCCACCAACCCAUUUUUUGUGAUGACUGGUACCCUCAACUGGCUCCUGCUCAACAUCAACGUGACGGGGUAUUUCCGGGUGAACUACGACCAGGACAACUGGAACAAGCUGCUGAGCCAGCUGGUCACCAAUUACCAGGCCAUCCCAGUGAUAAACCGAGCCCAGCUCAUUGACGAUGCCUUUAACUUGGCCAGGGCUAAACACAUUAACAUCACGCUGGCUCUGAAUACCACCACCUACCUGAAGGAGGAGCGGGAGUACCUGCCCUGGAGCGCGGCCCUCGACAACCUGGGCUACUUCCGCCUGAUGUUUGAUCGCAGCGAGGUGUACGGCCCCAUGCAGAAAUACAUCCAGAAGCAGGUGAUCCCCUUGUUCCAGUACUUUGGAAACAUCACCUCCAACUGGACCAGACUCCCGGAUGGCUUGAUGGCGCAGUACAGCGAGAUCAACGCCAUCAGCACGGCCUGUUCCUAUGGGGUCCCUGAGUGCAGCCAGCUGGCCACUGCCUUCUUCAACCAGUGGAAGCAAAACUCCAGCAACAACCCGAUCCCCCCGAACCUGCGCUCCUCCAUCUACUGCAGUGCCGUACAGAUGGGCAGCAAUGCAGACUGGGACUUCGUCUGGCAGAUGUUUAAAAACGCCACCGUGGUGGCCGAAGCCGACAAGCUGCGCUCAGCCCUGGCCUGCAGCAAAGAGCCUUGGAUCUUGAGAAGGUAUUUGCAGUACACCCUGGAUCCCACCAAAAUCCGGAAGCAGGACGCCACCUCCACCAUCAACAGCAUCGCCAGUAACGUGGUGGGGCAGAGCCUGGCCUGGGACUUCAUCCGGGGCAACUGGAAGACCCUUUUCACCCAGUACGGCGGGGGCUCCUUCUCCUUCUCGGGCCUGAUCCAGGUGGUGACGCAGCGCUUUGCCUCUGAGUUCGAGCUGCAGCAGCUGGAGCAGUUCAAGGUGGACAAUGCUGACGUGGGCUUUGGCUCGGGCACGCGGGCGCUGGAGCAGGCGCUGGAGAAGACCAAAGCUAAUAUCAAAUGGGUGGCAGAGAACAAACAGACGGUGCUGACGUGGUUUGAGACGGCAAGCAGCUGAGUUGGUGAACUCAGUAACACCGAACCCUCCCACGUCUGCCUCCUCCCUCUGCUCGGGUGGGGGGGGCUGAGCCCCGGGCUCCUGAGCCCCACGCUCUGGGCAUGCAGCCUCCUGAACUCUCCUGUCACUGGGCCCAUGCUCUCUCCCCAGAGAGCCCCACACCCUCACCCCCACGCCCCAUUCGGCCUACACCCUCAGUGUGCUCUGCAUAGUCUGGGGCUCAGCCUGGCCGGGGUCCCACAAGAAUUUGCACACUGGCCCCACUGACAGGGCCUCACCACAGCCCUUGUUUCCGUGACUGUCCCAGGGAAGCCCAGGUGCCCGUGGGGUGGUCAUGGGCAGACAGGAGGGUGAGGGCAGCGGGGCUGCUGACUGGUGGCCCCCCAGCCCCGCCGUGGGCCAGGACAUGUGUGUGGUGUAUAGUCCUUGUCAGCCCCAGACAUUGUAAAUAAAGGCUUAAUGUUAAAAGGUAAA